AUGCCCUCGCCGUCGCCCUCCCCCCGCUGGACCCCUUCCCCCGCCCCCUCUCCUGCGCCGUACCGCCGCGAGCCGUCCUUUGUGCCGCCCUCGCCGUCUGACUCGCGCCUGCUGUCGCCGUGGGAUGGCGGAGGAGGCAGCACACCUUCUGUUGGUGGCUCGGCCACGCCUGUCUCGCAGGGUCGGGACGGGGAGGAGAGGGAGGGAAGCGUGCAAGCAGAGGGGGGAAGGGCUCGGCGGUCGCACAAGCUUCGGUUCCGAGCGGACUCGUCAGCUUCGGAGGGCGGUGCGAGCACACGCCGAAGCACAGCAGGAGGCCAGGCGCCAUCCCAGCAGCGGGAGAGGAUAUCUGAGACGUCUCAAACACCGCCUGUCCCUCUUUCCUUUGCCCCUCUCCCCUUGCACGCUCCUGCAUGCCCCCAGGCGCCAUCGCAGCAGGAGAGCGAGUGGGACACGGAUUACCGUGCUGACAGGGAGGCGGGGGAGGGAGGGGGGGCAGGCGCGGAGGAGGAUGAGGGCCUGCGCCGGGAGAUGGAGGAGGCGGAGAGGCAGGCCGACCGCUCCUGGUACGACUCGGAGGAGGCUGGAAGUGUUUUCGACUCCGGAGAGGGAAGCAACCCGUUUGGGGGAUUCGGCGACGAGCAAGCGUUUGAGAAGAAGGAGGAGCGCAAGAAGGAAGCAGCGGCGAGGCAGCAGCGCAUGGUGCGGUCAGACGGGUCGGCCAUGUCUCUGGCGGCCAGCAAGCGCCUCACCCAGCUGUCGGCGGACCAGGCGUCGUGGGAGGACCGGCAGCUCAUGCGGUCGGGAGUGGUGCGCAACGCUACAGAGCUCUCCACGGACAUUGACGACGAGGAUGAGAACCGCGUGCUGCUGCUCGUGCACGACACGAAGCCACCGUUCCUGGACGGGCGAAUCGUGUUCACGAAGCAGCAGGAGCCGGUGAUGCCGCUGAAGGACCCCACGUCCGACAUGGCCAUCAUCGCCCGCAAGGGCUCAGCGCUAGUCAGAGAGAUUCGGGAGAAGCAGCAGCAGAACAAGAGCAGGCAGAAGUUCUGGGAACUUGCAGGAAGCAAGCUGGGGAACAUUCUCGGCGCCAAGAAAUCUGCCGCUGAUGUGGAUGCGGAUACAGCCAAGGUGGACGUGGAGGGAGAGGUGGACUAUAAGGACAAUGUGAAGUUCGCCGACCACAUGAAGAGCACGGGCGGCGCUGCCAGUGACUUUGCCAAGAACAAGUCGAUAGCCGAGCAGCGCAUGUACCUGCCCAUCUACUCCGUCCGCGACGAGCUGCUGCAGGUGAUUCGCGAGAACCAAAUUGUGGUGGUGGUGGGCGAGACAGGCUCCGGCAAAACAACACAGAUGACGCAGUACCUGCACGAGGAUGGCUACACCACAUACGGCAUGGUGGGGUGCACACAGCCGCGGCGCGUGGCAGCGAUGAGUGUGGCCAAGCGCGUGGCGGAUGAGAUGGAGUGCGAGCUGGGGUCCACUGUGGGCUAUGCCAUACGCUUCGAGGACGUCACAAGCAGCAACACUCUUGUGAAGUACAUGACGGAGGGAGUGCUGCUGAGGGAGUCGCUCAGAGAGCCGGACCUCGACCAGUACAGUGCCAUCAUAAUGGACGAGGCACACGAGCGCUCAUUGAACACGGACGUGCUGUUCGGGGUGCUCAAGCACGUGGCGGCGAGACGAAGGGACUUCAAGCUCAUCGUCACGUCCGCCACGCUCAAUGCUGAGAAGUUCUCCCACUUCUUCGGCAGCGUACCGGUCUUCUUCAUCCCAGGGCGCACCUUCCCAGUGAGCAUCAUGUGGAGCAAGUCGCCUUGUGAGGACCCUGUAGACGCGGCAGUCAAGCAAGCGCUAGCCAUCCACGUCACCAUGCCACCUGGCGACAUCCUCAUCUUCAUGACCGGCCAAGAAGACAUCGAGGCAACCUGUUUCUCCCUCGCCGACCGCCUCGAGCAAAUGGCGGCCGGCGCCGCCCGCCCCCCGCCGCCCCUCUCCAUCCUCCCAAUCUACUCCCAGCUGCCGGCCGAUCUCCAAGCGAAGAUUUUCCAGAAGGCCGAGGAAGGUACCAGGAAAUGCAUCGUUGCGACGAACAUCGCCGAGACGUCGCUGACCGUUGAUGGGAUUCUGUACGUGAUCGACGGUGGAUACAGCAAGAUCAAGGUCUACAACCCCCGCAUGGGUAUGGACGCGCUACAGGUCUUCCCCAUCAGCCGAGCCGCGGCCGACCAGAGGUCCGGCCGAGCCGGACGGACAGGUCCGGGAACGUGCUACCGGCUGUACACAGAAACCGCCUACGCGAACGAGAUGCUGGCAAAUCCAGUCCCGGAGAUCCAGCGCACGAACCUCGGGAAUGUCGUGCUGCUGCUGAAAUCCCUCAACAUCGACAACCUCCUGGAUUUUGACUUCCUUGACCCUCCUCCUCAGGAGAACAUUCUGAACUCUAUGUACCAGCUUUGGAUCUUAGGAGCGCUGGACAAUACCGGAGCACUGACCAAGACGGGGAGGCGGAUGGUGGAAUUUCCUUUAGACCCUGCUCUGGCGAAGCUGUUGAUAUCCGGGGAUCAGUUUGGGUGUGUGAACGAGACGUUGACCAUGGUGGCCAUGCUCUCGGUGCCGUCGGUUUUCUUCCGCCCCAAGGACCGCGAAGAGGAGUCUGACGCUGCCCGGGAGAAGUUUUUCGUGCCCGAGAGCGACCACCUGACGCUCCUAAAUGUCUUCCAGCAGUGGAAGUCCAACGGGUAUCGCGGCGACUGGUGCUCCGACCACUACCUUCACGUGAAAGGCCUGAGGAAAGCCCGGGAGGUGCGAGCCCAACUAGCUGAUAUCCUCAAGCAGCAGAAGAUUCCGCUGUCUAGCGCGGGGCAGGACUGGGAUGUGGUGCGGCGGGCGAUCUGCACGGCGUAUUUCCACCACGCGGCGAAGCUGAAAGGCGUGGGGGAGUAUGCCAGCUGCCGCACCGGCACUCCCUGUCACCUGCACCCCACGAGCGCGCUUUACGGGCUCGGAACGACCCCGGAGUAUGUGGUUUACCAUGAGUUGGUGCUCACUUCGAAGGAAUACAUGCAGUGUGUGACGGCUGUUGAGCCAAGAUGGUUGGCGGAGGCCGGGCCGAUGUUUUUCAGUGUGAAGGAUAGUCAUCAGAGCAGGCUGCAGCAGAAGCAGAAGCUGCGGGAGGAGGCGAGUGCGAUGGAGCGGGAGAUGGCGGAGGCGAGGCGGAAGAUGGAGGUGGAGGAGGAGAUGAGACGCAGGAAGGACGAGGAGCAGACUGUGAGGGAGGCGGAGCGGAUUGUCAUGCCGGGUGUGAAGAAGGGGAAAGGGGCGGCGAGACGUGCUCCUGGGCUUUAG